GCUGUACCUGGAGUUAUAAACGGUCUUGAACGUGUUACAUGGUUUACAAAAUCUUCCCAGGCGGACUUGAACGUGCUAUAUUAUUUACACUACCAUGUUAUCUGGCUGGCCUAGAUCCCGUGACGUUUCGCUGUGCAAGAACAGUCGAUGCUCAGAGAUGAUUUUCAACUAUAUCCUUCCAGACCAUGAUGCAAAAGUAUUCAAUCCACCUCUGCCAAAGAGUCAUGCAAUGCCAGGAGAUAAAGUGAUUAACUUUUUACUGGGAGGACUCAGAAGAUGGGAUGGGAUCUAUUUCCUUCAUAUAGCAGAGCAUGGUUAUACGUAUAUGAACUGUCUUGCUUUCUUCCCCUUGUUUCCCAAGGUGGUAGAAUAUUUGUCAAAAUCACUGUUUUUCCCAUUAACAUUUUUUAUGUGUCAGGCUAAUGUCCUCCUUGUCACAGCUGUUAUUGUCAACUUAUACUGCUUUGUGAAAUCAGCUGGAGCAUUAUACACUCUCGGAGGGAAGGUGCUAAAUAAUGAAGCUCUUGCAUAUAAAGGGGCCUUAUUGUACUGCAUCAACCCAGCCAGCAUUUUUUUUACUGCACCAUAUUCAGAAGCCAUGUUUGCUUGGCUAGGAUUUACUGCUAUGAUACAGUAUGAAAAAAAGGAUAACUACAAGUGUUCAUUCUUCUUUGGACUGGCAUCACUUGUAAGAUCAAAUGGCCUGGUCUCUGCCUGCAUCCUAUUCUAUAAAAGAUUUAAAGACGUACUGGGAGUAUUUCUUGAAUUUCUUCCAAGGUCGAGGUUUUCUAGCAAAAGCAACAGCAUUAUCCUCAUUUUGAGUUCUCUUUAUUUUUUACUCCCCACAAUGUUAAUUUAUGCUUUGAUUUGCAUAGCUCCUUUUGCAUACUACCAAUACUAUGCAUACCAAAUGUAUUGCACUGACUCUGGAAAGUCCCUCAGUAUACCUGGAUUCAUUUAUGACUAUGGAAGAAAACAACAUUACGUGUUACCUACAGAUACUAAUCCUGAAUGGUGCACACACUUCAUUCCUCUGUCAUAUUCCUAUAUCCAGUCUCAUCACUGGGGUGUGGGAUUCAUGCGGUAUUACCAGACCAAGCAACUCCCAAACUUUGUUCUGGCCCUACCUAUGGUCCUUCUCUGUAUAUGUGCAGCAUUCCGUUACAUCAGACAUAACAGGUUUUACAGUUUAACCUUAGGACUGUUGCCAGAACUGAUGUACAGCAAGAAGUUGGAUAAAGAUAAACUGAAAGAGGAAGGUUUUGAAAGUAUGAACUGCCUAGUGUACAUGAUCCACAUGCUGGUGCUACUGGUGUUUGGGAUAUUUUUUAUGCACAUUCAGGUUAUAACAAGAUUGCUGGCUUCCUCCUGCCCUUUGAUUUACUGGUAUGCAGCUGCAGUCACCACUGCCAACUCUUCUAAAUAUGCAAUGGUAAACAGAUGGGAUGUUAUCAAAAGAAAUCAGCAGCAUACUACUCAGGAAAGUGGAGAUCUGUUGCAGAGUAAUCUCUUAGAACUUGUGUCAACAGAGAUACAAAACUGGCAAAAGAACAGUGCAGGCCAUAAACUCCUUCUGUCCUACUUCAUGGUGUAUGUAUUAAUCGGCACUGCAGCAUUUUCCAAUUUCCUUCCUUGGACUUGAAAACAAGACCUUGAAUAACAUUGAUGUUGUUGUCAUGUCAGAAAAAAAUUAACUCAAGGUGACCUUUAUGUGAUUUAUGUUGUACUGUAUCAUCUGUGUUUAUGUAAGAUCCCCUGCAUGUAUACAUCGGUGGCAUGCUUAAUUCGUUUUUCAAAUAAUGGACUUUGUUCUGUAGCCCAAAAACUGUAUUUCUAUGUGAAUUGUGAAGUGAAAUGUAAAGAAUACAUGUAACCUUCCACUUAGCUUUAACUUGGCAAGAAAAAAGAUGUUAUUAUAUGGUCUUUAUGAUUUAAGAAGUCGAUAAACUGACGUUCUACAAGUGCUGCAAAACUGCUGAGAAAGCCAGGAAAAUUGUAUUUAUAUUUCCGUUAAGAACUGCUAGCCACUAUACAUAAAGAGUUAUAUAUAAACGUGGACAGAAAUUGUUAAUUAUUAUUCCCAAAUUAUCAAUGUAGAAGUAAUUUGCACAAUUCAAAUAUAUAUUUCAAGUUGCAAGCCCAUGUGGUUUGAUUAAAUUAAGGUAAAUGAACUGAAUUAGUGCGAUAGAUGUGUAACAGGUCAAUUGUACUGUGUGUCUUAUGUUAUAGUUGACUCUAACUGGCAUUGACUGUCAUUUCUAGAUGUUCAUUGUGCAAUUUACUCUCCCACUAUAGACCAUAAAACAUGGUUUUAUAUCCAGUUUUGUCAUUGUUUUGGUAAGAGAGGAUUUCCCCAGAAUUAUAUUGCUGUGACGUAGUGAUAAGACAAUCAUUAUUUGUAUUAAUUUUGCCAUAAGUUGCUAUAAAAAUUGAUCAUGUUGUCUGUGAAAGUCGAUCAUGAAUUUGCAAUUAAGCAAGUAGGUCGUGAUCUUGAAAGACCAAAAAUGUAGAAAGUUUUCAA